AAACAGUUAUAUUAAAAAUAUGAAAUAAUAAAUUGCACCAAAACCAAAAAUUACUACAUAAUUACCAAUAUUGCCAGAAAUAAAAAGAUAAUCGAAGGAAGGGACUCCAUUGUAAGUUGCGUUUGAAUAUAUAGGAAAUUAAUGAAACCAGCUGUUUAGAAUCCUUUGUCUUAAUCUAGACUUUCAAGAUAAUCAAGCAGCAUAGAAACUACAAUAUCAUAAGAAUCUUAAAGAAAGUAGUCUUAAACAAAAAAACAGAAUGUAGAAUCAUUAGUGAAAAAUAAGACCUAUUUUAAUCAUCGUUCUUUAAUGAAUGAUUAUUUGAAAAGAUAGAACAUUUCAAUUGCAACAAAAGUGUUUUGUUUUAAUUCUUAAGAUGAGUAUAUUCGUCGAUGUUUACAAAGACAUGGCUGGCUUGAAACUCCUUCAAACUAAUAAAUUUUUGAUCUUAAAUGGGUUUAUACAGAAAAUACAGAUGAUUUUAAAACAUUAUUAGAUGGAUAAUUUUACAAUCAUUUUAGUAAUACCAAAGAACUUACAACUAAAUCAUGUUUAUUAGCAAAUUUUAAAAAUUAAUGUGAAUAUGGUUAUGAUACAAGUACAUUCUUUCCAAGAGCAUUUGAUUUAGGGAAUGCAAUAGAUAGAGAGGAUUUUCUUAAAGAAUAUGAAAGGACUGCAGUUACAAUAAUAUUGAAAAAGGCAAUUAGUGCAUUAAGACUAAAAAGGAAAAAUGAAAUGAAGAAAAUAAAGGAAAGAAUAUUUGAAGAAUGGAAAAUAAAGAAUGAAAAUUAAAAAAUUAGAAAAAUUGAUAUGAAAAGAACUGUUAAAAGGAAAUAUAAAAAUAUUUAUACAGCAUAAGAAUUAGAAGAUUAAUCAUAAACAUCAGAAAUAAAAUUUGAUUGUUUAAUUAUGUCAGAAGUAUUGUCUAGAUUAUCAGAUAUGAAAAGAUAAUUAAAAGAUGGAUUUUAUGAUGAUAAGAAUUUUGAAUUAAGCCAUUAAUAUAUCUCUAAAACUAGAUUAAAGUAUUUUAAUAAUGAAAAUUUAGUUUAAUUGUAUAUUCUCAAGUUUAGAAGUUUGAUAAAGGUUCGAAUCCAAGUUAAUUUAUGAUUAGAAAAUUAUAUAGAUAUCAUUUGUUUUUUAAAAAGUAUGAUUAAGCUUACAAAGUUGAUGGAAUAAAUAAUAUAUGGAUUAUAAAACCUGGUGGUUGUGCAAGAGGAUAAGGAAUAUAUCUUGAAAAGGAUAUUACUGAAGCUAUAAGUAGUGGUUUAUAGAUGUAAGCGAGAUUAGUAUAAAAAUAUAUAGAAAGACCAUUAUUAUAUAAAGGAUUUAAAUUUGAUUUAAGAUAAUGGGUUUUAGUAAGAAGUUUUUAACCAUUGCAAGCAUAUGUUUUUAGUCAUUGUUAUAUGAGAAUGUGUAGUCAACCAUAUGAUGUUAAAGAUACAAAAAAUUUAUUAAAGCAUUUGACAAAUUUUUCAUUAAAUAAAUAAGAAUUUAAGAAGUAAGUGAGCAAUAAUAAUACAUUAGCCAAAAUGAUUCAAUCUACAGUAGUGAUUUUAUGUAACAAUGGCUUCCAGUUGAUUGGUAAAAGAUAGUUAGACCUUAAUGCAAUGACUUAAUGAUUAAGACACUUAAGAUAUUAUAAGAUUAAUUUGAAGGUGAAUCUAAAUAUUGUUUUGAAUUAUAUGGUUUUGAUAUUAUGUUAGAUCAAUAUUGUAAACCAUGGUUAUUAGAAGUUAAUUUAUCACCAGCAUGUGCUGAAAGAGCUGAUUGGUUACAUGAAAUGUUAGAUUCUAUGGCUGAAAGUAUGUUUAAUAUUAUUUUUGGUGAUGAAUUUACUAAACCUAAAAAAUAUUAUUAUGAAUUAUUAAUUGAUGAAGAAUUUAAUUAUAAUAAUUCAUAAUAAAAUUAAUAAAAUGAUUCAUAAUUUGAAUUAUGGGGAUAAAAAUGUAAUAUUAAAAGAGAAAAAAUUAUUGAUAAAAGAUAUAUUGAAUCUUUAGCUGCUUUAAUGAUUUAAAAAUUUUAUAGAAUGUAUAAAGCUAAAAAAAUUAAAUGGUUUUUAAGAGAUACUAAAUAUGCUAUUAUUAUAUAAAAAUAUGUUAGAAGAAUGCUUGCUAAAUUAUUAAGAAUAAGAUUAAAAAAUUAUUAUUCAGCUACAAAAAUAUAAAAAAUUGUUAGAGGAUUUCUAGCAAAAAAAAAGAAAUAUCAUUUAAAAAGAGAUAAAAUGGCUACUAGAAUAUAAUGUAGAUUUAGAUGUAAUCAAGCUAAAAUUAUAAUGAAUUAAUUAUAAAAAGAAUUAGCUCUGUUAUAUUUACAAUAAUUAAUCUCUUUUAAAAUGUCUAAAAAAGAAGCUAAUGAUUUGAGAUCUAAACUAUAUAAAUAUAAAAAAAUCUAAAGAUGGUGGAAAUCCUUAUAUAGAAAAAGAAUUAAAUAAAGUGCAAAAAUUAAUUCAAUUUUUAAAUGGUAUUUAUAGAUAUUAUAUUCAUUUAGUUUUAUAUAAAAAAAAAGAUAUAAGAAAUUACUCAAAAAUCAUAGAUCUGCAAUUAUUAUUUAAAAAAAUUACAAAAGAUAUAAAGCCAUUAAACUAAGAAAAAGAUUAGAAAGAGAAUAAUCCACGCUCUUGUUAUAAUGUUUAAUGAGAAUCAAAUUAGCAAAAAGAUAAAAGAAAUUAUUAACUAUUUAAGAUGGAUUAAAUAAAUUUACAAAAGCUUAUGGUCGACAUAAAUCAAGAGUAGCCAUGGUUAAUAUUUGGAAUAAGGGAUUGUUAAGAGUUAAGGCUAUUAUGAAAAUAUAAUCAUAUCGACUUGUCAUUAAAUCUAAACGAUAUGCUAGAAGACUUAAAAGAUUAAAGAAAUUUAUUAAAUUACAAGCAUUUAUUAAAGGAUUUUUAUAAAGAAAGAGAUAUAGAAGAUUAAUCUAAAGAAAAAAAGCUAUUAAAAUAAUUAUUAAAUGUAUUAGAAGAUAUAUUUUUAAAAAGAAGAUAAAGAGAAGACUUUAAUUAAAAAAAGGAAGGGGACUUAAUUUCAAUUCUUAAUAACCAAGCAAAACUAAUACAAUUUAAACUAUUUCUACUAGAAAUUCACAAACUUUAUAAUAAUUUCAAAGCAAAAAUACAAAGAAAUAGACAAUAUAAAUUCCAAAAAAAAAAUGA